UACAUCUGAGAAGAAGAAGAAAGGGUUAAUCAAUUGUAAACCAGAAAUGGAGGAAAUAGAUAAUCGGGAGAAAGAGAAAAAGAAGUGCAAGGCCUCUACAAGUAGGCAACACUGUGUAGAUUCCGGUGCUGGCGUUGCUGCAGCAGAAGCUCCAGAUGGUAGUUCCCAUGGAAUUCCUGAAGAAGAUCUAGAAAUGUACAUGUCGGAUAAAGAACUUUGUAUAAAAUGCAACAGGGGUGGUCGAUUAUUUGUCUGUCGUGAAUUGUGCUGCCCCAUAGCUGUUCAUAAGAAAUGCAUGCCAGCCACUCUUUCAAUUGGUGGCACGGAUAAUUUCUACUGUCCUUAUUGUACAUACAGACGAGCAUUUAUAAGGACGAAUGAAACAAAAAAAUUGGUUAAGGAUACAAAGAAGACUUUAUCGUGUUUUCUUAUAGAGAGUUCUCUCACGGUCAAUUCCCAGAUGCAGAAAACACCUGAAAGAGAAGCCAGUCGUCCUAUCAUAUUAGGAGAGAUAAGCUCUGAUGGGAUUGCAAAACAACUGAAUGCAGCAGAUGUGUGCUCUGAUGGGAUUGCAAAGCAACUGAAUGCAGCAGAUGUGCAUGCAGGUCAAUUGAAGAAUGACCAAGUAGUUGAAAGAGCUAGAAAAGUUGUUGACGAGCAGCAGGAGAAAGAAGAACAGAAUAUUCCUCUAGUAAUAGAAGAGGCACAAUUGGAGAAUUCAGCUGAUUCUUCACGCAAAAGGAGACGGGAAGAUGAUGAUUUGACUGUGGAACAACAAGAGGACAUUCCAAAAGUGCAGGAACAUGAUGAAGUAAAUAUCAAAGAGAAAAAAGGACAAAAGAAAAAGGCCUCUAAGAGAACAAGGUGUAGUAGUAGUUCAGGUGUUCAAACCAAAAUUAUGGAACAGAAAGACAAAAGUCCUACAUCAAACAAAACUAGAAGUACAGGUGUGGAACACGAAGAUGAAAAAGCACACCAACUGAAUCUGGAGCCUUCACUUAAAGGGAAUGUGAAAGUGGAACAAAGAGAGAUCUCUACUACGAAUUCAAGUGACUUUAAACCACUAUCAUUAGGCCGUAAGAAAUGUCGUUGGAGUUCUGAAGAAGAAGAAAUGCUGAAGAUAGGGGUUGAGAAAUUCUCAACAAAAAUAAAUAAGAAUAUACCAUGGAAGAAGUUGCUAGAGUUUGGGCGUGAUGUAUUUCAUAAUAGUCGGAACUCUUCGGAUCUGAAGGACAAAUGGAGGAGCAUGCUGGCAAGACAACAGUAGACAACCUCUCUUUUUUAUCCAAUCUUGUCAGAAAAUAGAAAUCUAACCAUAUGUGCUGAUUUCUUCUUUUGGUGUGAUAUUAUGUAGUCUAUAGUUGUAUAUCAUGAAAUUUACUUCAUUUUGACAAUGUGGA